AGCAGGGCCGGUUUCAGCAUCGCCGCCAUCUUUGUUGAUGUGUCAGCUCCGCGGGGCUUUGGGGAAGCUGCUGCGGGGAGAGCGCGGUGUCCACCGUGUUUUCCACCGCUGUCCCCCACAUCUCCUGGUCUGCCGCACCUGGCAAUGGAGAAGUUGCUUCCUAAGCCGGAGCUCUAGCGGCCUCGUUAGGGGUACGGUGUGAGGCUCGGAGAAGUGGGGAUGUAAAACGAAGAUCAGGAACAGAUUGGAAGAAAUACAGUGUAACUUGGUGCCGGUCAGCAUGUCAGAGAGAGAGCACGGAGCCGCCGUUUCCUCGGAAAAAAGUAUUGGGAAAACAUCUGUGUUAAAGGAAGACUCGUGCGACUCGUUUUCUGGUGAUGAAAGCAGCAGCUUAGAAAACGAGUCCAAACCGUCGUCAUUAAAUUUUGAUAAAACUUCAUGUCGGCCUGAUGAACAUACUAAUCAGAUUGAAGCAGAGGAAAAUUAUGUUCCAGAUCACGGUGGAGGUGAGAAUUCUCGUGGUAAAACAAACACAUGCCGAGUAGAGACUGAACAAAUAGCUAAUUUUCCUGAUGGAGAUUUUACAAAGCGAGUUUUUAAAACAAAUGAAACAGAACAGACAGUAACUCAAAUACUGGCGGAAUUAACGUCUCCUGCGUUUGCAAAUGCAACUCUUCAAAAGACUUACUCAGAAAGUCCCUAUGAUACAGAUUGCACCAAGAAACUUAUUUCAAAAAUAAAGAGUGUUUCAGCAUCAGAGGAUUUGUUAGAAGAAAUAGAAUCUGAGCUCCUGUCUACAGAUUUUGCAGAGUAUCGAGUACCGAAUGGAAUGAACAAGGGAGAACGUGCAUUAAUUAUGUUUGAAAAGUGUGUGCAGGAUAAAUAUUUGCAGCAGGAGAACACCAUAAAGAAGUUAAUUAAAGAAAAUAAGAAGCAUCAGGAGCUCAUCUUAGACAUAUGUUCAGAAAAAGAUAAUUUAAGAGAAGAAUUAAAAAAAAGAACAGAAACAGAGAAGCAGCACAUGAACACAAUUAAACAGUUAGAAUCAAGAAUAGAGGAACUUAAUAAAGAACUUAAAGCUUCCAAAGAUAAAUUAAUAGCUCAAGACAUUGCUGCUAAAAACACAGUUCAGCAGUUACACAAGGAGAUGGCCCAUCGGACGGAACAGGCCAAUAAGAAAUGCGAAGAGGCUCGCCAGGAAAAAGAAGCAAUGGUAAUGAAGUAUGUAAGAGGUGAGAAAGAAUCUUUAGACCUUCGAAAGGAAAAAGAGAUACUUGAGAGAAAGCUUAGAGAUGCAAAUAAGGAAUCUGAGAAAAACGCUAACAAAAUUAAGCAGCUUUCUCAGGAGAAAGGACGAUUGCACCAGCUGUACGAAACAAAGGAAGCUGAAACUACUAAACUCAUCAGAGAAAUGGACAAAUUAAAGGAAGAUAUCAAUUCUCACAUCAUUAAAGUAAAAUGGGCACAAAACAAAUUAAAAGUGGAAGUGGAUUCACACAAGGAAACCAAAGAUAAACUCAAAGAGACAACAACAAAGUUAACCCAAGCAAAGGAAGAAGCAGAUCAGAUUCGAAAAAAUUGUCAGGAUAUGAUAAAAACAUACCAGGAGUCAGAAGAAAUUAAAUCAAAUGAGCUUGAUGCCAAGCUUAGAGUUACAAAAGGAGAGCUUGAAAAACAAAUGCAAGAAAAAUCUGACCAGCUUGAGAUGCACCAUGCCAAAAUAAAGGAACUAGAAGACCUGAAGAGGACAUUUAAGGAGGGCAUGGAUGAACUCCGAACACUGAGAACAAAGGUGAAAUGUCUAGAAGAUGAACGAUUAAGAACAGAAGAUGAAUUGUCAAAAUAUAAGGAAAUUAUUAAUCGCCAAAAAGCUGAAAUUCAGAACUUACUGGACAAAGUGAAAGUUGCGGAUCAGAUACAGGAGCAGCUUCAAAGAGGUAAACAAGAAAUUGAAAAUUUGAAGGAAGAAGUGGAAAGUCUUAAUUCUUUGAUUAAUGACCUACAAAAAGACAUCGAAGGCAGUAGGAAAAGAGAAUCUGAGCUACUACUAUUUACAGAAAAGCUCACUAGUAAGAAUGCACAACUUCAGUCUGAAUCCAAUUCUUUACAGACACAAUUUGAUAAACUUUCCUGUAGUGAAAGUCAGUUACAAAGCCAAUGUGAACACAUGAAACAGACAAAUGUUAAUUUGGAAAGUAAAUUGUUGAAAGAGGAAGAACUGCGAAAAGAGGAAGUGCAGACUCUGCAAGCUGAACUCACUCGCAAACGAGCAGAGGUUGAAGCCUUGAGUACCCAGGCGGAAGAACUAAAAGAUGAAUUAGUAACUCAAAGACGGAAGCUUGCCUCUAGUGUCAAGGAUCUUACCAAACAACUUCUGCAAGCACGAAAAAAAUUAGAUCAGAUUGAGAACGGAAGCUAUGAUAAAGAAGUGAGCAGCAUGGGAAGCCGUUCUAGUUCAUCAGGGUCCAUUAAUGCUCGAAGCAGUGCAGAAGAUCGAUCUCCAGAAAACACUGGGUCAUCAGUAGCUGUGGAUAACUUCCCGGAAGUAGACAAAGCCAUGCUGAUUGAGAGGAUUGUACGGCUGCAGAAAGCUCAUGCCCGGAAACAUGAAAAGAUAGAGUUUAUGGAGGAUCACAUCAAACAACUGGUGGAAGAAAUUAGGAAAAAAACAAAGAUAAUUCAGAGUUACAUUUUGCGGGAAGAAGCAGGCACCCUUUCUUCAGAGGCAUCAGAUUUUAACAAAGUCCACUUAAGCAGGCGGGGCGGCAUCAUGGCAUCUCUGUAUACGUCCCAUCCAGCUGACAGUGGAUUGACAUUGGAGCUCUCUUUGGAGAUCAACCGAAAGUUACAGGCUGUUUUGGAGGAUACGUUGCUAAAAAAUAUUACUUUGAAGGAAAAUUUACAAACACUUGGAACAGAAAUAGAACGUCUCAUUAAACACCAGCAUGAACUAGAACAGAGGAUGAAGAAAACCUAACAAAACUGCUGCUCAGUGAAGAGACAAGAACCAUACAAGGAGCAGGUGUCCCUGCCCAGUAUUGUUGGAAACUCCCCUGCUGUGUAUCAGCCAGUAAAAGAUUCAUGGUUCCAUCUGUAUUGAAAAGUAUCCUUUUACAGUAGGAAUGCACUGCAGUGUAUACCGUAAGAGUACAGGCUUGAUGAAAUUGUGUAGUGGCAGCCCAUCAUUGAACCAAAACACCCUAAUUUAAUUCACUAAUAGUCAUAUGAAGUGCUCAGCAUACAAGGGCUUUUGAAACCCCUUCUUCAUGUUUCUCCCCUUUAAAACACAAAGUCAAAAAUGAUUCAGCUUUUAAAAAAUUAUGCAUGAAAAGACCAGGGGUUAAUCUUCCAGUAAUAUGCUAUUUCUCCAACUUAAGAAAAAAAUGAGGUAAAAAAUAAAAUUUUUUGUUUUGACAUUCCACUGUAACAUUUGGUUGUGUUGUAGGGGGCGUUGCCAGUGACCCUUAAAGCUUUUAAUUUUAACGGAAGCUGCUAGGAAGGCCAGCUUGUGGUGACCAGCAGCGACCGGGCUAGUAUGCACCUCAUCUGGGCUAGGUACGUUUUUUUUCAGAUUCAAAUUGUUUGAGUUAAUAGUUGGGAUUUUGGAAUCUUUAGUUACAUAAAAUAUGGUUUUAAAUUAUAUGCUCAUUUAGAAAAUUCCUGUGGACUUCAGUUAUAUUUUAAAAUGUGAAAUGGAUUAGCUAUUAAAACAGAUGAAUAGUGAAUUUUUUGAAACUGAAAUACUUUAGUUUUACUAAGAUCGAGUGUAAAGAUAAAUGUUUAAAGUAUUUGUGAAGAACCUGUUCGCAAGAGAAGGCACCCAUUCUUUAUUAUUAAUGUAAUUACAUGUUAAUCUGGAGUGAUCGUAUGGUCCCCAAAUAUGAUGUUUCAAUAUGUUUAUUUGAAACACAAAAUAAUUACAUCUCUGUAACCAAAGGAAUUUUAGAGUCAAAUGUUUGUAUCCCAUUGGGUUUUUACAAUAUUUAUUUAAGAUGUGGCAGCUUAAAUGUUGCCAGUUGUAGUAUCAGUAUUUCUAUGUCAUUGGAUUUUUUUCUUGCUUCUUGUAACUUCUCACCUGUUACAAUUCCUGAGUGUAUUUUUUUCACAAUUCAUUAUAUGUUUGUCUUGUAGACAAUUUUGUUUUGGAUAUUUGCAUUCUUUUUUCUCCCCUUAAGCAAGCUUUGGGGUGAUGGAUUAAAAGCCUUUAAAGGAUUGUAUGGCUGUCAAAGUUGGGCUCAUGGUGGCAAUAUCCCAUUAACGUGUUUUAACAUUUUUAAAAUCAUCAUUGUUUAAAAAGAUAAUUUACUAAAGAUUAGAUGAUUCAUUGUAUUUUUUUGGUAUAUUGUGUUAUAUAUUGUCAUCC